UUGACAGGUACUUCAUUUUUUCGAAAUCUCUACUUUGCUGUGACGCUGGUUAUACGGCUUUGCCACGCGGCGCCAGCCUGUUCGUUGCUCCUUUCGAGUUUCUGUGGACCCAAGGAGGCGAUAGCUGGUACUGAAUCAAAGCUUCCGGUUAUAAGGCGCUUGCUGGGAUGGUGUACAAACGCCUUUGAAACGGCUCGGUUCUCCUGGAUUUGUCGUAGAACACGCACCGUGAGCGACUGGGGGUUAUCGCGGCUUUAUGGUUCGCAGGAGCAGCAGGAAUCCCACAUGUGUUUCAAGCUCAAUGAUCUCCAUAAGAUGGCUCCCAGGGUCUUCUCCUUCAACUCCUCUCGAGAGACGGGCAAGGGGGAAUCGUUCCAUGUCAUGCACGGCUUCUCCAAGAUCAAAGGCAAGGCAAGGCAUCCCAUGGAGGAUGUGCUGGUGAGCUUGUACAAGGAGUUCAAGGGACACAAGCUCGGGCUUUUCGCGGUGUAUGACGGACACCUAGGGAGAGAUGUCGCCGAUUAUCUCGAGGAGAACUUGUUCGACACUAUCCUUGACGAGCCUGAUCUCUUUUGCAAUCCGAAAACGGCCCUGGAAAACGCGUACCACAGCACUGAUGCUGUGAUCUUGCAAAUGUCGCAUCCUGGCGGCUCCACUGCAGUCACUGCUAUUGUCGUCGACAACAAAAGGCUGCUGGUUGCAAACGUUGGAGACUCUCGAGCGGUACUGUGCGAAGCCGGCGAAGCCAAGCAACUCUCUGUAGACCACGAACCCAGCGCUGAACGUCAGCUGGUGGAAAGCCGAGGGGGUCAUGUCACUCAUUUUCCAGGAGAUGUAGCACGCGUUGAUGGCCAACUUGCGGUGGCACGCGCCUUUGGUGACAAGAGCUUGAAGCAACAUCUAAGCGCCGAGCCCCACGUCUGCGAAGUUAUCCUGAGCGAGAGGUCCGAGUUUAUGAUCCUCGGAAGCGAUGGACUCUGGAAGGUGAUCGAGAACCAAGUGGCAGUGGACUUGAUCCGAGGCAUCAAAGACCCGGAGGAGGCAGCGAAGUGUUUGACAAACACAGCCGUCCAGAAGAAGAGCAGGGAUGAUAUCUCUUGCAUCGUGGUGCGCUUCCACGCGUAAGUUUUUCAAUGCAUUAUCUUCGCAAUCGCAGUGGAAGCCA